AGCAGCAGAAGAAGAAGACGACUACGAUGAAGAAGAAGAAGACGACGAAGAAGAAGAAGCGGCGGCGAAGGCGGCGAAGACGACGACGGACUCUCGAUACGAGCGCUUGUUCGGCCAUUUUCUGUCGCAUUUGAGUGGGGUAGCAGCGUAAAAAAACAACAACAACUUUGCCGUGUACUUGUGUCAAUAAAUAGGGCUGUCAACUGAGUGUCAUAUUGUGGUUUGUAUACCGUUGCUCGCUGCCGCACUAAAGGACGUCAGCUGGUAAGGCUCCGGAAAUGUCGCGACAGAUGUCUCCGUCGCCACAAAGCAGGAGGUUCCCAUGGAACGAAUAUGGACCUUACAGAGCUACAGCAGGACAGCAGCACGUGAAUUCAUCGGACCGGAGGGCCAUUUGCAGAGAUGAUGAACGCAGGUUUGGUGAGGACUUGUUGCCAGAAGGCCAGAGAAGAUCCUCUUCCUCUCCACAGGAUCACUUUUGGCGCGAACAGGAUCAGGACGGGCUUUAUCGGCGGCGGCCGUCGCCUCGACGCGAUUCGACAGACCGCCGUGUCCCGAGAGGCUCCCCCCAGCGGGACGGCGGAUCCGAUGGGGACAGACAAAGAAGAGGCUUAGGAGAAGACUUGCAGAAUUUUAACAGCAGAGGAAGGCCACCAUUUUCCCCUUUGAGGUUCCUGAGGGAACAGUUGCCGCUACAGCCCAUGAACAGUCUCUUAGACCUCUCGCAGGCAACACCGAGCUGGAGGCGGGACGGAGAAGGGCGGGGUCUAGGGCAGUUCCGAGACAUCAGCCCCGCCGUUAGGUCUGACGAGCAAAGAGGAAGCAGAGGAGAAAGGAACGCCGAAAGUGUGAACAGAAGCAGACAACGAGAGGAUGUUCAGCCCCCCACAAAGCGGCCGAGAAGAGAAACGGACGGCCACCAUCACAGCGGGUUCGGGCGAGACCACAAGGACUUUGGGGAUCAGCGCUACUCACCCACCAUGGUCGUCAGCAACCGCCGCAGGGACGCUCCCAUCAAAAACCCUCUCGUCUUCGCACACAAUCAAGGAAUCCCGGGUAACCCGAAUGCACCGCAGCGGCAACACUUGGAUAACGGAAGACAGGGUGACUUUGACUUGCGACAGAGACGCUCUGGUCCAGCGAGCUCCUCCCAGGAACGAUUCCAGACGUCAGAUCGCAGGCCGGAUGUCAGAGAAGAUUCCAGAAAACGUCACUUUCCAGAUAAUUGGGAGGACAGCGCUGAAAGCAAGAGGAGCCCCCCGCCGCGAGAACGAACAAACUUCGCAAGAUUUGACAAACAAGACGUCCCCACGGACCAGAGAGGGGCGGGCUGUCCUCAUCCGGCCCGGGGUAGGUUCCGUCACGACCCGGUCGGAAACAGCGGGAAAUUCCCCAAGAACCGGACAAACUUUGAGCAGUCCUCUCGGGGCUACCAAGACGUUUCUCGUGAGGAGCCGAGAGCAGCGUACAGAUCUCAAAGCAAAGCUGUGGAGGAGGAGGAACCCAGUUGGACAGACAAAGACGGACGCCUGGAGCAGGUCCGACCUGGCAGUCGGGCCCAACGCUUGCACAGGGGUGACCCGGAAGUGGACCGGCCCAGGCCGCACGUGUGGGAGGAACCGGAAGCUAUAAACAUGACCAUGGUAACGGAGGAAACGCUCACCAUCAAAGUGGACAUGAGCCAGCCCGCCCAGCACACAAGCUUGUUGUGUUACUCUGCAGACCGCCAACUGUCCUUGGACCUGGUCAACUUGGGUCGCCAGCGUCUGGACUUCCUGCCGGAGGCGUCUCGAAGCAACCCGGAGAGCGGCGACGUGCACGCCGGAACAUUUGCGCAGGAAAUCAUCACACUGGUGCACCGCGUCAAAGAACUGUACUUCAAAGGCGAAGGCAUCACGUUGAACAAACGUUUCUCUCUGCCGCAACAAGGAGGCUAUGAUGAAGAGGAGGGGUCGGGGCUGACACUGAACCAGAGAUUCUCAUCGAACCUGAAGGUGACGAUGCCGCACAAAGACAUCCAGCCGCUCAUCCCGGGUUUGAGGGGCCUGCGGACGUCGCACAGCCCAGGCGACCUGAGACACGACCUCGAGAGGCGGCGUCAGAAGCGUUUAGAGGGCGUAACCAUCACCAUACCGGGAAGCGCCCACCCGUCCCCCGCCAAGGUCAAGUACGGUGGCGCUGACGUGACGUUUGUGGACAAGCAGGACUACAGAUUGGAAAUAAACGCGGGUUCCGGGCAAGGAGCUCCGUACAGGAUGACCGCCGGCCCGACGCAAAGGUUCAAGAACCAAUAGCCCGUCAGGACGCAGAACCGCAACAGCAAAGAUGCGGGUAACCUCAAGGUCCCAGCUGGUGACGUCGCCCACUGAAGACAAACUGUUUUGUCUGCUCCACCGUUUCCCCUGCAGUCACUUAAUUUCUGUCUUUUAUAGUGAGUUCAUGUGUCACUCCGUUGUUGUCCAUGCCAUUUUGUUUUAGUUUCUACUUGUUCUUAAGGCAACCUAUUUUAACAUUUAUUCGAUUUUCUGCUUGUGCGCUGAAUUGUCUUCCUAGUGAUGACUAAGAGCGUACUAGUAUAUGAUGGACUUUAACCCUGGGUAUCAGAGUAUCGAAUAAGUGCUCAAAUGCCUUGCAAUAUGGCUCUUGUUUAUUACGUACCUAGACCACAUGGAACAAUAAUUAAUUUGUGAGUAGCUCGACUUUAUUUAGAUGUGUUGUGAAAUGUUACAUUGAAACAUCAAAAUAAAAAAUAAAAUAAAAAAAUAACCUCAGCUUUUGUGUGCUGUUUGUGAACGUCAAUAUCAAGCAGAAAUAGCACAGUAAAAGAAAAAGUGACUGAAGGCACUGAGGGACAACAAGAAGGGUCUGAGUACAAGUAAUUGAGUUCAAUGGAGACUCAUUGGCCGAGAGGAAAGUAGAACAUUCCCGUGGAAAUUUUGAAAGGGCCUGCUUACUCUGGUAAGCAUGAAAGUUGAAUUAGUGAAGGCUUGAUGGCAAGUUGGCCUUGUAUAAUUAUCCGAUUACAAAUGAGUACCCAAGGGAAAUACGCAAACUAAAUCUUAAUUUUCGGCUUUUAAUUUUUUAUUUUUCGGAACGUGAGUGAGUUGAGCAGCUCAAAGUUGAAAUGGUUUGAAUUGGACAAAAAAGGUAGAAAUUUUAUCAUAAUUGUUUGGUUUUAUUUUGAAAAUAGCUGCACAGUUUAAAGUUGGAACUGUUGCAGUUAUUCAGAUAGUCGCGUUACCUCAACUUCUGCAGGUUACCUGGACAACUGAAUCCCCAAAGGCACCCUAACUCAUUCACUGCUAGCUCUCCCAGUUAACAUGGAUAUUUGACUUCUAAAACCGUCAAUGGCAGUGAAUGUGUUUAAAACUUGGUGAACGCCCAUGAGGUAAACAGUCUUCAAAGUUCGUUUUGUCCACAUGACAAACGUACUUCCUGUUAUCCAUGAAGUCAUUGUCCAUCUGGGUUGCAGUCCUCCUCAAGAUGGCCGCUGUGCUCGUUAGAUUAGCGACGAGAAUCGCACGACAAGGGCCGGAACGCCACCUCUGUGUUCUCCUCCAUGAUGAUGUCAAAGCGGCACAUCAGCGGCCUGGGCAGGAACAGGAAACGCGUGAGUGGUACUGCGUACUUCGUCCAGCUUGACUAGGUUUUUUGUUUUUGUUUGGUUGCUUAGUUUAUUUUAUUUUUUUAAUUGGUUUAUUUGGAAUUAAUGUUAUUCAGAAAGAAAAUAUAAUUAUUGCUAUAACAACUAUGCUAAUUUCCGCCAACUUGUCUAUGGCGUUUCACAUUACGUUUAAGCUAACGGACUUUCGUUAGACAAAAUCAAGGUUUGUUGAACAUUUUGUAAAGUGGCUCACACUGAAAAUCGGCAACGUUUAACUUCAGAAUGUAAACUAAAAUGCUGAAUAUUUGAGUGACUUUUCUGCACAUUUAUAACAGUAUUUGUCAACUUAAAUGGUUAAAUCCUAUAUAUAUAUAUGUAUGUGUGUGUGUGUGUAUCUAAAUGUUAAAUAUCUAAAUCUUAAAAGUAAAUGUAAAUGUUAAAUUUCAAUGUUUUGGGUGGAACUAAAUAUUUAGCCAAUAACUGCAAGUACCAAAUUAAAAGACGACAAAAACUCAAAAGUACUUGUCAAAAUUUCUACUAAUGUGUUUAUUUCAAGUAGUUAUUGUAUACUAUAAUUAUGUCCAAGAGUCCAUUUCACCGAUGUUUUCUGUAAGUUAAUUUGCAAUGUGAAAAACAGACCUUGAACUUUUAUUUUGGUACUUCCGGUUAUCGCCAGUUUGAAUUUGCAUAUUAGCUAAAUAUUUUGUUUCACCCAAAACAUUCAGAUUUAAUAUUUAGAUUUAGGAUUUGGAUGUAUAUUUAGCUGGCACGGUGUGUGACGGGUUAGCACAUCUGCCUCACAGUUCUGGGGACCGGGGCUCAAAUCUCGGAGUUUGCAUGUUCUCCCCGUGCCUGGGUGGGUUUUCUCUAGGCACUCCGGUUUCCUCCCACAUCCCAAAAACAUGCAUGCUAGGUUGAUUGAAGAUACUAAAUUGCCCGUUGAUGUGAAUGUGGGUGCGAAUGAUUGUUUGUUUCUAUGUGGCCUGUGAUUGGCUGGCGACCAGUUCAGGGUGUACCCCGCCUCCCGCCCGAAGAUAGCUGGGAUAGGCUCCAGCAGCCCGCGACCCUAGUGAGGAUAAGCGGUAAAUAAAAUGGAUGGAUGUAUAUUUACAUUUAGGUUUUACAGUAAACCUGAACUCGGGAGUGACAAAUUUGUCUCUUAUUUGGCAAACUUUAGUGAGAAGCUAAUUGUGGUAGUUUCAGGCUAACCUUUCCGGGCGCUCGAGCGGCGUCAGUCGUAUUUGCAACAGUCUGAUCUUGUAGCGAGGGCCGAUCACAUUGCCCGUGUUGAUCCGCAGGGAGAUCUUGUGCACGUGCGGCAGGUCCUCUUCGAACUGCGCCAGAAGACGCGUUGAUGUGAACUGCUCGAAGCGCAGAAGCUUGCUGGUCGGGGAACGGAACGGUGGCGUCAAAAACAAUUUUCAUCUUGCUUCGAUCAAAUUUUACACCUUCAUCCGAGCUCUUCGUGUGGCUAAAGCCGGACUGGGCAAACGUUUGCGCUCGAUUUAGCUUUUUAAAUGCACAGAUGGGCAAUGUCAGUCAUGCAUGAGGUAAAAGAACAACAACAACAACAAAAGUAUUCAAAAAUGCAUUUGUUGAAUGAAUUUUUAAAAGCAGAUAAAUCCAUACAUAUAACAAGAGUGUUAAGUAAAUGCUCGGCGGGCCGGAUUAAAAAAAACUGGGCCAAAAAUACACCACUGAUCUAAACUUGAUGGAACUGUUUUUAUAUACCGACGUGGUUAGAAUUGCCUAUACUGCAGAUACCACAAGAUGGUGGCAAAGUAAUUAUUUUCUGUGAAAUAGGACUUUGGCCUGUCUAAUAGAAGCGCCGUCCCUCAGUUCAACAUAGUUCUUUGGCGCCAAAGCACUACCUUUAUUUUAGUUCUUUGGUGCCAAAGCGCUACCUUUAUUUUAGUUCUUUGGCAUGCGCUCCAAAACGGUGAAUCGUCAAAUUUUCAGUAAAUACUGAUGGGAUAUUGUACCCUACUCCAAUACAUUUGAUGAACUUUGGUGUAGCAAGUUAGGAAUUGGGUGUAGCAAUGUAAAAUAACUUAUUGCAAGCACAUUAUUUGAGGAGACUGACUCACUGGUCUACGCGGGCCUCGGUGACGUUCCUGCCGCUGUGCAGGCGGAUGUAGACCACCCCCCAGCGGAGGUACUGGUUCCAUGUCACCAUGUCCACCCUGUAGUUCAGCUCUGGAUCACACACACACACACACACAUCAUGUGUAUGUUUACUAGUUAAGAGGGUAACCCUACUCUCUCUGAACCUUAAACACAAAAUAAAAAGCAGGCAGACUCACUCCUGUAGGGCUGCGAGGCCGUGGUGCUGAAGAACACUUUGGUCUGUCCCAGACGCAAGAGACUUUCCCGCCACUGGAUGACGUCAUAGCCUGCAGGUCAGAGGAGAAACGGCUGUCAGCAGUCAAACAAUGUCAAUAUCAAUGUAGCCACGAAUGAAACUCAUCUUUACUGGACCAAGGUAAAUGUACCUACUACCGUCCGCUGUAGUGUAAGAGCGUUUAAUUGUUGUGCCUGUCACUAUAUGUCGCUGGCAUAGAUAGAUGACCAAUGAUGCAUUAUACAAAAAAAUAAUAAUCAUCAUCAUUUUCAGACCAAUUAAGUGUAACUGGAUUACAUUCGAUUACAGUGCCUUGUUGGGAAUCUCUGAUCGAUACGUCUUCCUUGAUUGCGUAGGCCUCACCGAGCUGCGGGCAGGAAGCGGGUUUGAAGGCCUCGCACUGCAGGCAGCGUCCAUCCAGGAAGUCGGCGUAGGACGCGCACGGGUACGCCCUCAGGGUGCAAGUGCGGUUGAGUGCGCACAGGUACAGCAACAUGGAACGCUGGUGGUCGCACACGAAGUAAGACUUCCCUGUUGUGGUGGGGGGAGGGGCAUGCUGAUUUCAGCAAGACAAGAAUUUGCGAGUGUGCGUGUGCGAGUUUACCGGCAAAGAUGGUUUUGGGGCAGCCGGGCUGGUCGGCCCCCCCGUUGGCAUAGAAGUCGAUGUGACCGUGAGCCCCCCGCAGGCCAAACGCUGCAAGACAUACGUUACAUAGAUUUACAUAAUCAAGAAUCCUGUGAUAUAUUUUUUUCCCCCACUUAAAAUUGGUCAGUUUGCAUAACAAUUUGACAUAAAUCAUACGUUCCGAACCUCUGAUAGAUGAAAAUCCGCGAUUAAGAGAGAUCAUAUAAAAAUUAUAUUUAGUUUUACUCCUCCCAAAUGCUUUAAACAUACUUUUUGAAGUGUUCCUUAGCUCUCAACAAAUGGGGGACUAUCAUAUAAUAUCACUUCAAGGAAGUGAAAAGAAGACUCCCGCUCACAGUUUUCCAAAUAAGAGGCACAGUGUGCAUGCUUCAAGCUGUGAAUUUGUCAGCUGUGGUUGACGUUUACUGUAAAACUGACAUAAAACAAGAAAGAAUUACCCCGUAAACAUUGUAUACUUAAACACCAACAUUUUGAACCUGACCAUUUAAUUUCGUCUUAACAAAAGUCUGCCAUCUUAAUGCUGACAUUUAAUGUGAAGCGCCAUGGAUGGGUUGAGUUGAGUUAGCCUAUAUGUUACGAUAUUUAUUGUGGCACAACGUGGUACUACACUGAAGGUGUACCACUAUAAAUUUGGAUCUGCAUAUUGUAAAAAGGCCCAUUAAAAAAACAGUGUACUGCAAUAUUAGGAGUUUACUGAAAUAGUUAAUCAUGAAUUAUAAAUAAUAAAAUGACAAAUGAGUGAAUUUUGUUAUUAUUGCUGUGUUGUCGUCGCAUUAGCAUGUUAGCUCACAAAGUGUGUUGAUGCUCACAGUCCAUGUCGGUGUGGAGCACGUCCACAAACAUGGCAUCCGACGGGUCCAGCCUCUCGUCCGGCGUGGCGCCGGUGAAGAGAGGUCCGGCCGGGUCCAAACCUGAAAGCACAAACAAAGCUCUUCAGGUUUCGCCCACACGUCGACGUAGAUGUUGAUCCGAAGGAGCCUGUUCUCAGUGGCAGCUGGUGUGGGAGGUGUAAAAUUUACUUGAAAUGUUUUCAUAUGGUCUCUCCAUGUCAUGCAUUUUCACAUACAAACGGGUCUUCACUGUAUUCAGGUUUCAAGUGGACCUCACAGUCAGUGACCCCACGUUUACCUGUGAUGCGUCCGACCUUUCCCUUCAGGUUGGCGCCCACAAAGCCGGCGAGGUGCGCCCCCAGACUGACGCCGAUGAGGUGCAUGGAGCCCAGCGAGGCGCCUUCCUCCUGAGGAUGCAUUCAGGCCUCGUGUUUAGCAGAGCACCAGCAGGAGUCCCAGCGCAGCCAGUCGUCUGCAGGCCAGCAUGCUUCCAAACACGCCCGCGUCUCCCGGGGAGUGACGGCGGCGGACCGGGGGAGUCUCCGAGGAUUUGAUCUCAGUGGGGAGGAGUCAAAGGGCGGACACCCAAUGAACUUCAAGUGGGAGUGGCAGCAAACAGCUGGAAGCAUUUCCUCAAGAUGAUGUCAUAUGGUUGGCUCCCAUUUUCAUGACAGCCAGCCAGUAAGAAUAGGCGCUAAUGAACACUUCUAAAAGUGUGUUUAAGUUUGUGUGUUUUUAAUAUGUGGGAGGGGCAAAACUACACCAUUUUUUUUGGGGUGGGUUUGUAUCCCCUGCGAUAAACAGGGGUUGACUGUACUUCGUUAUUGUAUUUAAGUAGCAUUUUCAAGCAUCUGUACUUGACUUAGGCGGCACGGUGGACGACCGUUUAGCGCAUCUGCCUCACAGUUCUGAGGAACCGGGUUCAAAUCCGGACUCGCCGGUGUGGAGUUUGCAUGUUUUCUCCGGAUACUCCGGUUUCUUCCCGUAUCGCAAAAACAUGCGUGAUAAAUUAAUGUACUUUACUUGAGUAUUCUUCUGAUGACUUUUUCCUUUUACUCUCUACAUUUCAAAGCAGGAAAAAAAGAACGGCUCUGAAAUAUACUUUAUUUUUCAUUUUUUUAUCAGUAUUUCUACCCGUUACCAUUUCUUUUUUUAUUAUACACAAGUACCAAUACUUGAGUACAGAGUGUGAGUACUUUUGCCAGCUCUGCACAACAACAUGACCUGAGGACUUUUAUUACGACACCAGUCUGGAGAAGCUGGUGACCUCUGACCCUCUAAUGAUGCCUUCAAAGACAACCUUUACCGUAAGUCAUUUAUCAAUCCUCCUAGUAUAUGAUUAGUCAAAAAAUAUACAUAGUCAUGGUGAAUAUUACUGCACUGCUUGUUUAUUUCAUUUUUGUAACUCCCGCACGAGGAUAAAAAUGACAAUUUGUUUACGACGAAAAUUCUGAUUCAAAAGAAUUGCAUCAGUCGGGCCAUGUGAUUAAAGAAGACGUAAGAAUCUAAACACUGACAUAAGUUACACACUCCGAAAUACUCAAAUGUUGUAUUUUGUGUCACUCAAACCCCCCCCAAAAAAAAAAAAAAAAAAAAAUAUAUAUAUAUAUAUAUAUAGAGUACACAGGUGCAUCUCAGUCAAUUAGAAAACUGUGAAAAAACUUCCUUCAUUUCAGUAGUUCCAUUCCAAAAGCAAAGGUCGAAAAUUCGAUUGAUUCACCACAUGCAGUUCACCAUCUCAAGAGGUGACAUCACAUAACAAGCCAAGGUGUUUCAUGAAUCUCUAUAUUUUAUACACUUUUUGAGUUGAACUGAAAAAGGAACUUGCCCGAUAUAUAUGUAUGUAUACAUACUGUCUAUUCAAGUUGAACAGGCUGUAAUAAGUCAUUUCAUCUUUUUAAUAAAACAAAAGCAUUUUUUUCAGUCAUUGAACCAAAGCAGUUGUAUUUAUAAAGACAUUAAAAAUGAUCACAAUGAA